AUGGGAAAUCAACGUCGCAAUCAUCUCCUCUUGAGUAGUCCUCGUACAGCCUCUAAUCUCUUGAUUACAAUCCUCAAUCUCGAAAAUCAACCCAACAUCUACACAACCGAAAAUUCCAAACACGGAUAUUUCUUCCUCGACACCUACCACACUCGCAAGUAUCUCUUCGCUGCCGAUUCACCACAUAUGAAAGAUUGGACGCAAGAGAAUAGAAAGAAAUCUCUAGCAGCUCAUCAAUCCUGCUUCGAAAAUUUGCGUGAUCAUACUAUUGCCGCGGAAUCAGAAGGAAAAUUCGCUUAUGUAAAAGAACAUGCGGCUUGGCUCAUAAAUCCUGUUGCGCUAACGAACUUCAUCUACGAUGAAGAGGUCGGGGAAGAAGCAUGGACUGUGAAAGCUUUUGACAGUCAAACACGCUCCAUCGGCAAUGACACGCUUCUACCAGAUGAAUUUUUGAAGGGAUGGAUGCCAACAUUUUUAAUUCGUCAUCCUGCAUUAGUUCUCCCCUCAUUCCUCAGAGCUCGUUAUGACGUGGAGGGAUUAGAAUUUGCCAAAAAGGAAUGGAAAUUUCGAAAAUUGCAAAUGACAAUGAAAUGGUCAAGGGAUUUGUAUGAUUGGUACUGUUCUCAUGGUACAGAAGAGCCAAUCGUCUUGGAUGCUGACGAUAUUAUGACGAAGCGCGACAUCAUGGUUAAAUAUGCAAAAAUGAUAGGAGCAGAUCCUACGAAAUUGCAGUUUUCGUGGGAUGUACAGACGACCGAGCAAGACUGGGGAGAAUCUCAGUCUGCUUGGCUUAGAAUGAGUUCUACAUUGCGAGCUUCUUCUGGGAUUUUGGAAGGAAAAACUUCGACUGGGCUAGUUAUUGAAGAAGAGGUGGCAAAGUGGAAAGAAGAGUUUGGAGAUGAGAUUGCGGGGAAUUUGGAGACCUGGGUAAGAGAUGCCGUGCCGCAUUAUGAACAUAUGAAAGCUAAGCGACUUACUUAA